AGACACUUAUUGUGAGCCUUGUUGCUUUCUAAUUCUGAUAUUCCGCAUUAAUCCAGUGGCUGUGACCAGGUUCAGAAGAGAGUUGGUAUAAUUGUAAUCACAGACUCUUGUAUCCAUAAUAGCAGCAGCUGCCGGGGAAACGAGCUAACUAAUCACUUGAGACUGAUUCAGAGCUGAGAGCUGAUUGGAACAAGAGGCUUUAGGGACUCGAAGCCACCAUGGUUACUGACAACAAGACGUGAAGCUGAAGCCAGUUUAUUCACCACUGAACUGCGUAAAGAUUCACUCCUCCCUCUCACACAGACGCGGUGAGUUCUGCUGCUCCAUUCCCAGGUAGUUUACUGUCGGGUUUUGCACCUGCCGCAGGUGAGAUGGCCUCGCUUGGGCAGCCGGCCUCUAUGGUCGCCAACCUCGUACCGGGGAUGGGGAAGUCUGCAGCCGUGCUGGGUCUGUCCGCCGGGCUGGGGGGAGCAGAGCUGGAGCUGCAGAAGAUGCUCAUCGACGAGAGGAUCAAGAGCGAAAACCACCGGACCAACUACCAGACCCUGAAGGCUGAGCACACCAGCCUGCAGACGCAGUUCACCCACGCUCAGGGGGAAGUGAGGCGCCUGCUGAGCGAAAAACAGAGCGAGCAGGAGAGGCUGCAGCUGCUGCUGGCUGAGCUGCGGGGAGAGCUGCUGGACAAGACCAGGGAGCUGGAGGAGCUGCGCCUGCAGGUGAUGACCCCUCAGCGGCUGGAGCUCCUCAGAGCUCAGGUGCAGCAGGAGAUGGAGGCUCCGGUGAGGGAGAGGUUCAACAAGCUGGAGGAGGAGGCGGAGAAGUACCGGUCUGAGUACAACAAGCUGCGCUACGACUUCACCGUCGUCAAGUCCCAGCUGGAGCACCAGAGGGAGGAGCACAGCCGCAUCCUGGAGGAGAGGAGGGUCCUCCACGGGGCCGAGGUUGCCCGCCUGGAGAAGGAGCGGGAGGAGCUGGUGGCGCAGUAUCAGGAUUCAGAGGCCCUGUGUGACGGGAAGCGGGUGGAGGCUCUGCUCAGGGAGAAGGCCCAGCUCCACCAGAGGCUCAAAGGCCUGGAGGCGGAGGUGGCCGAGCUCAGAGCCCAGAGGGACACGUCGGGUCAGCAGGCUGAGAGCGUGCAGCGCAUCCAGAUCAGACAGCUGACGGAGCUGCAGUCUGUGGUCAAGUCACAAGAGGCGGAGCGUCAGUCGCUGCGGCAACAGCUGGACAGGAUGGAGAGCGAGCUCCAGCAGAGCCACGAGCAGAACGCCCAGCUGACUGGGAGGCUGCACCGCACUGAGAGGGAGGCCAGUGCUCUGACCGCUCAGAUCGACAGCCUGAAGCAUUCACACAAGCUGGAGCUGGCCAGCGUCAGGCUGGAGUGUGUUCGCUCCAAAGGAGACAUGGAGAGGGAGAGGGACACACUGCAGGGACAGAUGGACGGUCUGCAGGCAGACGUUGAGGUGCUGAAAGCGGCGCUGGAGCGAAACAAGGAGGUUUUGUUGGAAAAAGAGAGAGAGAUGGUGAGGAAGGUGCAGUCGGCCCGAGAGGAGGAGUUCCACAAGAUGGCCACCUUACAUGAGGAGAGGCUGGAGUUGGAGAACCGCCUGGCAGUGUUGGAACAGCAGAGGGCGCUGCAGGACUCGUCAGAUCAGGCACUGAAGGAGGAGUGGGAGGAACGACUGCGCAGCGCUCAGCAGGGAGAGGAGUCGCUCCGCAGAGAGCUGCAGAACCUCAGAAACAAAGUGCAGCAGCAGAGUUCACAGCUAGAGGAGCUAGAGAGACAGAAAGCAGAGAUUAGUGACCUGCAGCAGCAGAACCAAGAGCUCAGCGUCCAGCUGGGGGCGCUGUCGCGCUCUGAAGGCGAGCUGACGGACGCCAACCAGAGACUGAGGGAGACUCUGGACAGAGUGAGGGAGGAGGUGCGGGCGACCCGGGCUCAGGCGGAGCGGAGCCAGCAUGAGGCGGAGAGGAUGGUGGAGGAUCGGCGGGUCGAGUGGUUGGAGGAGAAACACCGGCUGCAGGAGCGAGAAGAGGAGCUGCAGCAGAAAUACUCUCAGGCUAAGGAGAAGCUGCAGAGAGCAGCAGUGGCUCAGAAGAAGAGGAAACAUCAGACGGAGAACAGAGAGAAGAAGCUGCACAACAAGAUCCAGCUGCUGGAGGCUAAAAUCGAACAGCUGGAGCUGGAAGCUGCUGCUGCCAUAAAGAGACGGUCAGUGUUCUCAGAGGAGCAGGCUCAGCUGAAGCGGAGGCUGAAGGAGCUGCAGCGACGACACGACGAGUUCCGCUCCCUCCUGCUGAGCGGGCAGGGCCCCGCCCUCAUGACCUCCCGGCUCUCCCUCGGGGUCGAAGGGCGACUGGCUGCUGACCUGGAGGGAGAGUUCUCUCUGCUGCAGAGGAGACUGGAGAGUCUGGAGAACGCUCAGCAGCAGCAGCUGGAGGAACUGGGAUCACUGGUGCAAAAGGAGCACGAUGAACCUCCCAAACAUGACCCCCUGACCUCUGACCCUGUCACUUUGGACUUGUAAACAUUUUGUAAUCAGACGGUGCUUUUCAAGUCAAGUGCAUGAAAAUGGUUUGCACAGAUGUAUUUUUCUAAAAGCGAACCAGUUUGUUGUUUUUCUUCUGCGCCUUGAACAAAACUGACUCAGGGUCCAACGUGUUUAAACCAGGGGUCAGAGACUCACUGCUGCUGAACUGAACCUGCUUAAAAACGUUUUCUAAUUUAGCUUAUUUUAUGGCUAAAAAAAACUAUUUUAUAUUAUAAAAAAAACUAAAGUUUUGCAGUAAAGAAAUGUUCCUUGUGGGAACAAUUUAUAUUUCUGCAAAAUAUAAAAAUGCAAUGUACUUUUACAAUAUUAAAAAAAAAAAACCUCUCUCGUGCCAUUAAGUUCCGUUGUGGUGUAGAACGUACCAGCAGCUUGCAGACCCCUGGUCUAAACCACAGAGGAAAUGAUUUGUAUGCAGCUGUGACAAAAGUUCUACAUGCUGCAACUUACACAUGAAAUGUACAGAUUAUUUUUACUUGAACAAUUACUCAGGGCUCUUUGUGACACUUCCUCUGUCUUAAUGUGAUAUUAAAUGUUACUGUUCAUCAGGUGA